GGUGUUGUCAUCGUGUUAGUCUGUAUAGUGUGGUGUGUUUUACACUGGGGCGGACGGUAAAACAAUUAUCACAAUGCGACUUUAACAGCAAGCUUUUUCUUUCUUUUCUAUACACUGUUAUGCUUGUGUAGUUCUUUUUAUAGAAUACAGACAGCUACGUAUCUCUAAGGAAACCAAAACAACCCUAUAUCCUAUAACACGGAGGCUAGCUGCUAAGCUAACUAGCUAUGGAGGAGAAGAAGGAGGAGGCUGAAGCGGAGAUCCAGGAGCACGGCCCGGAGCACUGGUUCUCCAAAUGGGAACGACAGUGCUUAGCAGAGGCUGAGAGGUCCGAUCAUCCAAACGAGGAGGAGACGGAGCAGAGCCAGCAGAAACUGUGGCACCUGUUUCAAAACUCGGCCACGGCGGUAGCACAGCUCUACAAAGAUCGAGUAUGCCAGCAGCAAGGCCUCUCUCUCUGGGUGCCCUUCCAGAAUGCAGCCACAGCUGUCACUAACCUGUAUAAAGAGAGUAUGGAGGCCCGCCAACGGAGCUAUGACCUGGGCAUCCACUUAGGCCACCAGCGCAGGAAUAAGGACGUGAUUGCAUGGGUUAAGAAACGCAGAAGGACCAUCAGGCGCGAGGACCUCAUCAGCUUCCUGUGUGGCAAAGUUCCACCUCCACGGACAGCUCGCGCCCCGCCGAGAGUUGCCAUGGUGUCUGCAAGCCGACCAUCACCUCCAGAGACGGGCAGCUCCGUGGAGACCGACCUGCAGCCUUUCAGAGAGGCCAUAGCACUGCAUGGCCUUAGCGGUGCCAUGGCAGGCAUUUCUGUGCGUUCUGGUCCUCCUGGUUCCCCGACUCACCCUGCCCAGUCCAUCGGUCGUCGUAGGAAUGGCCUUCAUGACGUGGACCUCAACACCUUCAUUGCUGAGGAGAUGGCGCUCCAUUUGGAUUCCACAGCCAACCGUAAACGAGGCCCCGCCCCCUGUAGUGACGUCAUCACAGACUCACCUACUCAUAAACGUAACAGGAUGCUCUGAACCUUUCCUACACCACUAAUCCCUCCUCUGUCCUCUCCUUGGUGGCCGACUGGACAGCUGACGAGGACUGAUGCCUUGGCCAACCAUUGAAAUCUUCCUCCUUUUCAUCUUAGUUGCAAUGCUACAAAUAAAGAAACUUAACUAUUAUCAAUCCACACAUUUAUUCCCGUCUUUAUUUUUCUUUCUUCACCCCCUCUGUUGUCUCACACAUCCUCUCCAUCAUAGUGUUGUUUUUUUCCAGAACAUUUUCUCUCCUGUUUGUUUGGUUGCCCCCAGUAGAUCUGAUAGAGAAGCGAGCACACAUCACACUUGAAAUCCUUAAAUUGCAGAAUGUUGCGUUUGGACAUUGUUUAUUUGGCCGGGCUCAUUUGUUCUUCACAUCCGACAUGAACCGGGCUGGUGCCUACUGUUUGCAGUUAUCUUCCCCUUGUUCCUCAAGCAUACUUCCUCCUCCUCCUCCUUCUCCUCUGUGGAGUGCUGGCCAAACCAGACUGGACUGAAACCCGGGCUCCUCGGGAGGCUGAACCACCUCCUCGCUGUGCGGCUGAACUCAAAAUGCUUGUCAGCGUGUAUCUCAUUCUGCUGCUGCUCUGUGUGUUUGCGUAUCUGACAGCAGAACUGCCACUUACUGUGUUGUACUUGUCUUUGCCUUUGAGAAAGCUGCUGCAGUAUCUCUGGUUGUUGUGCAACAGUGAGUGUGGGUGUGUGUGUGAGUGUUUGUAUGUGUGCUUGUGGAUGCGGGGUUCUGGCAAAUCCAGCGCCCACUUGACCGAAUUAUUUUCUGUUUUACUUAAAUUCAUCCUUUUUUUUUUUAGUUGCUCUUUGCGGCCCAAACCAGGGUUUUAUCACAAAGCAGGUCAGUCCAAUUUACACAGAUAAUGGUGACUAUAAUUACUGUCAGAGUUAGCUGACACUUUGAGUAGUUGGGUGACGAGAGAUAAGCGAGAUGUAUUUUCAACAAAGAUGUGCUCAAGUACCCAUGUUCUGCGUUCUUAUUUGCAAGUUUCCAAUCACACUGUUGCUAUUGUCCCGUUUACAAAUAAUCCAAAUGUACACAGUUUCCCUGUACGCAUCAAAAUACAUUUGACAGAGUAAUGGUUCUUGCAUUAAGAGCAGUUUCAAAGCUUGUAUUUUACCUACUUUAUGUUUACAUUUGGCCCUUUGAUCAGAACAUAAACUGGUGCGUUGUCAUCAUUUUGUCUCUUGUAUUUAGGAGUUACACUUUCACACAUGUGAUUUCAGCUUUAAAACUAUAAAAUUACAGGGGGCAGUUGCCUGUUAAUUAGCCGGGGCCGAUGGCUGUGGUAUUUUAUUUUGCUUAGCCAACUCCUGAACUAUUGGGUGUGACGGUUCAGCAAGGCUUGGGACACUUGUUUUGCUAAUUUCACACACACACUGCUUUGUGAUACAAUCUUGUGUAAUGUGUGUAAAUAACAUGUAGGUGCUGUUAUAUGUGGUACAUAUUGUAAAAAGAAGUGCAAAUCCAUUGGGAUGUCCAUGUACAAUAACGAUUCUGACAUUAAAGAAAAUACAAGCGUU